AUGACGACUGAAAACAUCGACGAAGCUAGCGAAACGCCAAGAAGUCCAAUCAGAACCAUGAUGUUGUUAGAACCAGACAUCAUCCCCAUCACCACAUCACGUCAAUCGAUAACCAGCGUGACUACCGCGCCACAGUCCGGUGGCCCAACAACUAUCAACACCUCGAUAAGCGAACUUUGGCGGCUAACAAUGGAAGAGCUGAUUUCCUCUGCCACUACACAGCCACAAACUUUUCAAUUCACCAACCAUCAAACGACGUCAAUUCUCAGCAGUACGAUGCCGCUGUAA